GUUGGCGCUGCGCUUUGGGCGUUUUCCAGCACCUACAGCAACUAUCAACGAAGAGUUAAUUUUUUCUGGCCUGGCGAUAAAAUGAUGGAACUGCACUCUAAUGACGUUGAUCUGGAGGAUGGAGAGCUGUCAAAUAGCGACGAUGAUGGCGUUUAUACGCCGUUGCAGCGUCCCGCAGGUGCCGAAAAAGUUACCAGCCCCCUCACCACCUGCCACCAGAUUCAGACUGCGCUAGAGGAUGAAUCCCAGACCAAUAGUGACUCCUCCUCCGCAGAGUCCUCUGAGGAUGGAUGUAUCAAGAAGAUACGCACGGACUCCACCGGAGGCGGCAGUCACAAAAAGCGGAAAAAGCGGAUCCAGCGGACGGUAAUGCGGCGAGUGCCGCCCACGGACGCAGAGAUGCAGCCCAAUCGUGCUCGCUUUAAAAAGUACAAUGUUUGGACGGCAGCGUUGCAGGAAGAUGCUCUUAGCGAGAAUAUGCGUGGGUGCGACGUCACAAGGAGCGGCCGGGAUCGGAAUGUGGAGAACUACGACUUCUCCCUGCGGUUUCGGCUCAACGGGGAGAACACUCUGAAGCGCCGGCUUUCUAACUCAUCGGACGACGGUGGGGAAUCAUCGCAUCCGGCUCACAAGCGGGGACGACGCUCUAGUCGCCCCACGCAGGAGUAUCCACAACGCGGGGCGGUAAAAAGCCGCCUAGGCCACAGAUCACGGCGCGGCACAUCUUCUGCCAGCGGAUCUUCGGACUCUUGCGAGCCGAGGCACAUCCUAGAUCUAAAAGAUGUGGCCGGACGUGAUCCCUCGGAUGUGGCCACUGAGAUGGCUAGCAAACUGUACGAGGAAAAAGAUGAAUUGCUGGUUCGGGUGGUGGAAGUACUGGGCAUGGAUUUGCCUUUGGAACUAUAUAAAGAGACUCAACGCAUCGAAGCCGAUGGCGGCAUGAUGAUCAAAAAUGGCAACCGGAGACGUACACCAGGCGGUGUAUUUCUUUUUCUGCUAAAACACCACAACAGCAUCUCACAGGAGCAGCAAAAGUCAAUUUUCAACGAAGACCGUCAAAGCCUGAACAAGUCGCGAAAGCAGAUUGAAACCCUAUUGCGAGACCGGAAAGUGGAGGAGCUGAAGAAGUGCCUGAGCAAACAGAGCACCGAGCUGCCUACGUUAAGCCAACGGAAGGAACACUAUAUGCAGGGCGACGAGCUGAGCCCCGAGAGCCAGCCCGGCAAUUUGUCGAAUCCACCGCCUUCGCCUGUCGGAGCUGGACAAGAGCAGGACAGCCCCGAGUAUAAGACCCACGAGAUUAAUAUUAACCUCGUGGACAACUCAGAUUUACCCUCCACAUCGAAGGCUGCGGCAGCGGUUCACGGAGCCGUGGAACAAAAGGAGCUAAUAAGCUACGACGAUGACUUUCUGGAUGUAAAUUGCGGGGAGAUGGACUUCUUCUAGGCCAACGCCAAGCGCUGGGCCCCCUUUUAUACCACAAACACACACAUAGUUAGACCCAUAUUUGUACAAUUAAAUAAAUACCUAGCGAAUUAGGAUUCUGAUAAUGUAA